AUGGGUUGCGUUAUUUCCAAGAAGUCUGAGCGAACACCCAGAUAUGAAGAGCCUAGCGUUCUUGCUGCUACAACACCUUUUACUGCAAGAGAAGUCGAGGCCUUAUACGUGCUCUUCAAAAAAUUGAGCAAUUCAAUUAUCGCUGACGGGCUUAUUCACAAGGAAGAGUUUCAGCUUGCUCUAUUCCGGAACAGAAAUCGGAGAAAUCUUUUUGCCGACAGGAUAUUCGAUUUGUUCGAUAUGAGAAGAAAUGGGGUCAUCGAGUUUGGGGGAUUCGUAAGAUCGCUUGGCAUCUUUCACCCGGAUGCACCGAUAGAAGACAAGAUUGCAUUUCCUUUCAGGUUGUACGACUUGAGGAACACCGGAUAUAUCGAGCUGACAGAGUUGAAGGAAAUGGUAUUGGCACUUCUUCACGAAUCAGAUUUGGUACUCGCGCAGGAUAUUGUGGAAACGAUUGUGGACAAGGCAUUUAGGGAAGCCAAUACAAAAGAUGAUGGGCGGAUUAAUCCGGAAGAGUGGAAGGACUUUGUGUUGAAGAAUCCCUCUCUGAUAAGAAACAUGACUCUUCCAUAUCUAAAGGAUUUAACAAUGGCAUUUCCCAGUUUCAUAGUGAGUUCUGAGUAUGAAGAUCCAGAAGUAUGACUCCGUUCCAUCAUGAAGGCGCCGUUGACAUGUCGGACCGAUGACAUAUAGAACUAGAUGAUGCUCCAAGUAUCUGCCAAGUACAAGCAGUCGUCGAGAGGCAAAAUCUGGAAGUGGGAAGGAGAAUAAGAUGCAGCACCGUCCUCAGUAUUUAGCUGGCCAUUUUAUGGACAACGUGGCGUGGAGAUAAAUGGAUAUGUUAUGGAUCAUGGAGCAUUCAAAGCCUCGAGUGUCUUUCUAGUUCUUGAGUUCAGAAAGAUUUU